AAAAGCCAUGUCUGCUCCAAAAAAGAGAAUGAAUACAACAGCAUCUGCAAGGUUGCGGCAGGAUUACAUGCGAAUCAAAAAGGAUCCAGUUCCCUACGUGAUUGGAGCAGAACCAUUACCAUCCAAUAUUUUAGAAUGGCAUUAUGUUAUCAAAGGACCAGAAACAUCACUUUACGAAGGGGGCUAUUUUCAUGGAAAACUUGUCUUCCCAAAAGAUUUUCCAUUCAAACCACCAAAAAUUAUUAUGAUUACACCGAAUGGAAGAUUCAAAACUCAUACAAGACUUUGUCUAUCAAUAAGUGACUUCCAUCCAGAUACGUGGAAUCCAGCAUGGUCUGUGGCUACUAUCUUGACAGGAUUGCUAAGUUUUAUGCUGGAAAAGUCGCCCACCCUAGGAAGCAUAGAAACGACAGACUAUCAGAAAAAACAAUUUGCGAUCAACAGUAUAAAUUAUAAUUUAAAAGAUAAAACAUUUUGCGAAUUGUUUCCCGAUAUAGUCGAGGAAAUGAAUAAAAUACAAAAGCAACGUGAGGAGGAGCUCAAUCCAGAGAAUACUACCGGCUCUCCACAAACAGAUCCAUUAUUAAGAGACGAAUACGAGUCAAAUGAGAAUGAUAGUUUUAUAAACGGUAGCAUGUUCACAAACCUCUGUGUGUUUAUCGGUUUUGCACUGUUCGCACUCACUGUUAACUACGUUAUAAAGACUGUCAAUCCAGAAGAUGGUGAAGUAGGAUGAUGUGUGUUUGCCUGGGUUGUUGUGUAUUUACCCGAAAUGAUGUGUAUUUCUCAAUAAACCUUAAAUAUGAUAUCAGCAAUGAUUUACUAGCAUUAAAUAUCCGGGGGUGGUAUGACGCAAUAUGACAAGAUUUAUAACGUUGAUUCCUAUUUAAAUUCUAUAUCAUAAGUAAAGCCUGUAGCGAAAUUGUCACGUGGUUGUUAUUUUUUUGUUAUAACCUGUGACGUCAGCUGAUUUAUCUGCUUUAUGCUCAUUUCGGUAUGUUGGAUGAUGUACUCGCUAUAUACAAUCCUCAUUAGGUUUUGAAUUAAAGUUAUUUAUUACUGAGCAUUUUCGCGAAGGGCUUGUGAGAAAUUAUAUGAUACGUUGUAAGUUUAGAAGUUGUGUAGCUAAGUGAUAAAUAACUAGAUAUAAAAAGUCCAAUUG